AUGCCCCGCUCAGAGGAAGCAGCGGCCUUCUUCCACGCCGUCUACGAGGCCAUUCUGGAGAUUCCUCCGGGCCGAGUCACCACAUAUGGCCACAUUGCCAUGCUGAUAGGCACGCCGCAGCGGCCACGACAGGUCGGCGUCUGCUUGAAGCAUUUGCCCGGAGACCUGACGCAACGGUUCAACAUUGACACCGUGCCGUGGCAGCGGGUCAUCAACUCCAAAGGAACCAUAUCCCCUCGCUCGCAACCAGCUGCAGCGCAGAACCAAGCGACGAGGUUGGAGGCGGAGGGCGUAACUGUUCGGCGGGACGCCAUGGGCGAGAUGAGUGUCGAUUUUGACGAGUACGGCUGGUUUCCAGACGUAUUGCCUUCUGAGGCGGCGGGUGGUGGUGCUGGCAAUGAUGACGCCGAUGACGACGACGAGGAGUGA